GGCGGGGAGGCAUAAAGGGCGCUGCGCUGCGGGGCGGGCUGCACGCGAGAGGCUGACGGGGCAGCGGCACCCGCGAGCCGGCACCGGGCGGGGCCAUCGCAGCCACGCGCAAAGAGGCCGAGCGGGAGCCCGGACCGCGCGGGACCAGAUGCCGGCAACAAAUCAGCUCCAGCCAGGAGCAGCAGUUCCACUGAACCCAUUGAUGACACAUGCUGGCCAUGAGUACUUUGUGUUCUGCUGAGUCUGGUGUCCCCGGGGCUGCUUUUCUCAGUUGGAUGGACCCCUAGUGCAGAGACCUCUUCCUUCUACCUAUGGGAAGAAGCACCUGAGUACUCCUAAGCACAGCAGGACCCCAAGACCUGGCUGGAAGAUACCACCUCUCCUCACCUCUGCCCUUCCCACAGACUGUUCUGCGAUGACCACAGCAAGGUACCGGCCCACCUGGGACCUGGCCCUCGACCCACUGGUGUCCUGCAAGCUGUGCCUCGGGGAAUACCCAGCGGAGCAGAUGACAACCAUCGCCCAGUGCCAGUGCAUCUUCUGUACCCUGUGCCUGAAACAGUAUGUUGAGCUCUUGAUCAAAGAAGGGCUAGAAACUGCAAUUAGCUGCCCGGAUGCUGCCUGUCCCAAACAGGGCCACCUUCAGGAGAAUGAGAUUGAGUGUAUGGUUGCCGCAGAAAUAAUGCAGAGAUAUAAAAAGCUACAAUUUGAAAGAGAGGUGCUCUUUGACCCUUGUCGGACGUGGUGCCCAGCAUCUACCUGCCAGGCCGUGUGCCAACUCCAGGACAUAGGGCUGCAGACCCCACAGCUGGUACAGUGCAAAGCCUGUGACAUGGAAUUCUGCUCUGCUUGCAAAGCCCGCUGGCACCCUGGCCAAGGCUGCCCAGAGACCAUGCCCAUCACAUUCCUUCCCGGAGAGACCAGCUCUGCUUUCAAGAUGGAAGAGGGCGACGCACCCAUCAAACGCUGCCCCAAGUGCAGGGUGUACAUCGAGCGGGAUGAGGGCUGUGCACAGAUGAUGUGUAAGAACUGCAAGCAUGCCUUCUGCUGGUACUGCCUGGAGUCUCUGGAUGAUGAUUUUCUUCUGAUACAUUACGACAAGGGGCCCUGCCGCAACAAGCUGGGCCACUCCCGAGCAUCAGUGAUCUGGCAUCGGACACAGGUGGUGGGAAUUUUUGCUGGAUUUGGGCUCCUGCUCUUAGUGGCCUCCCCUUUCUUGCUCCUGGCCACACCCUUUGUGCUUUGCUGCAAAUGCAAGUGCAGUAAAGGUGACGACGACCCACUGCCCACCUAGAGGACGGCACGACGCUGGAACAGAUCCCUUCCUCGGGACGUGUGGCUCCCCUACCCCUACCACCCCUCACACUAAACAUGUUAUUUGCCUUAUGUGCCCCAUUGA